AUGGCGCCCUCCUCGACAACCGCCCAGCGGAUAGAGGAAGCUCGGGCUCUCGUGAAGAAGGACUCCUCCAAAGCCGAGACCAUCUACAAGGACAUUCUUUCUCAAGGUCCCGGAUCAACGGAAACUUCGUCGCGUGACUAUGAAAGUGCUUUGGUCGGAUUGGGCGAGCUCUACCGGGAUGAGAAGAAGCCCAACGAGAUCGCCGAGCUUAUUAAGACUAGCCGGGACUCGUUUUCAUCAUUCGCGAAAGCUAAGACGGCAAAGCUUGUCCGCCAACUCUUGGACUUGUUCAGUGAGAUUCCUAAUACCCUCGAUAUUCAAAUUGCCGUCAUCCAAUCCUGCAUCGACUGGGCUAUCGCAGAACGGAGAUCCUUCCUUCGCCAGAACCUUCAGACCCGUCUCGUGGCUAUUUACAUGCAGAAGCAAUCCUACUAUGACGCUCUUACCCUGAUCAACUCCCUUCUGCGCGAGCUCAAGCGCCUGGAUGAUAAACUUAUGCUGGUGGAGGUGCAGUUGCUGGAGUCUCGGGUGUAUCACGCUUUGGGCAACCAGGCCAAGGGCCGCGCUGCCUUGACAGCUUCUCGGACAUCAGCCGCCUCCGUUUAUACACCUCCGAACUUGCAAGCCGGCUUGGAUAUGCAAAGCGGUAUGCUGCAUGCGGAGGACAAGGACUUUACCACCGCCUUUUCGUAUUUUAUUGAAGCUCUGGAAGGUUAUAGCUCGCUCGACGAAAGCGAGAAGGCAACGGCAGCUCUGCAGUAUAUGCUACUUUGUAAGAUUAUGCUGAACCUGGUGGAUGAUGUUACGAGUUUGCUUGGGUCCAAGCAGGCCCAGAAGUAUGCCAGCCCGCGUCUUGAGGCUAUGAAGGCCGUGGCCCGAGCCCACGCCAACCGGUCGCUAGAAGAAUAUGAGAAGGCUCUGUCGGACUACCGGUUCGAGCUGGGCAGCGAUGUAUUUAUCCGGAACCACCUCCGCCGACUGUAUGACGCCAUGUUGGAGCAGAACCUUAUUAAGGUCAUUGAGCCCUUCAGCCGGGUUGAGCUGGACCAUAUUGCCAAGAUGGUUGGACUCGACACACAGCAGGUGGAGCGGAAGCUCUCACAGAUGAUCCUGGAUAAGGUGAUCAUCGGCGUGUUAGAUCAGGGUUCUGGAUGCUUGAUUGUAUACGACGAGACGGAGCGCGACCAGGCAUAUGACGCUGCUCUAGAGACUGUUGAGAAGUUAAGCAACGUGGUGGAAGAGCUGUACACUAACCAGGCAUCCUUGCUAGACGCAACCGUGGCAAAAGAAUCGCGACUUUCAGAACUCCAUUCGAAUGAGACAACUUCUUCCAUGAAUGCUCCAAUGCCACACAACUACGGGCGUGGCUUCCCACAAGCCGCCCAACGCUCGCCUGCCACGCCUCGUCGCGGACCCCCAGGACCAGGUAGUCUCCACCCCCUUGAUUUCCAUCCCGUUCCCGCUCAGUAUAUCCCCCCUCAACGCAACAUGGCACAUCCUAAUGAUGUCGCUCUUCGCCGGAGCCGCAAGCCCACCGACAGGAAUAUCCCCGACGGCAUCGAAGAGAUAGUAAUCGGGGAAGGUGUGCAGCAGUACCGCAACUUGCGCGAGCUAGAGAAGAGAUUGGACGCCGCAAUCGUCCGCAAGAGAUUGGACAUCCAGGACUCAAUCAGCAAAACUGUCAAGAAAUACCGGACGAUGCGCAUUUGGAUUACGAACACGGUUGAGAAUCAACCAUGGCAGAAUGCGACUAGCCAGAAUGGUUCAGCGACCAACCCCGGCUCGGGUCGUUAUAAGGUGCGCAUAGAAGGACGACUGUUGGAUGAUAAUACCGACCCUACGGCUCCCGAGGACAGCGAUGACGAGGGCGACGCGACGCAAGCGAAUGGCGAAGCCAUGGAUCAUGAUGGAAAGGAUGGCAAGAAGUCCGGCUCGAAGCGAUCGAAGCAGCGCUUUUCGCACUUUGUCAAAUCAAUCACCGUUGACUUCGACAAGACUUCCACGGCAAAUCCCGAGGAGAUCAAGACUGUCAACUGGACCAAGCCACCACUCCCGGCCAACGCGGUAACAUUGCCCCCAACCGCCGAUUUCGACUCUCUGCAGUUCUCUCGAGCUUCGCAGGAGAACUUGAAUGUUACCCUGAGUCUGGUCAGGGAUGAGACUCCCGAACGGUAUAAGCUGAGCAAGGAGCUGGCGGAGGUGCUCGACGUGGAAGAGGAAACACGCAGCGGGAUUGUCCUUGGUAUCUGGGAUUAUAUUCGCGCUAUGGGUCUACAAGAAGAUGAGGAGAAGCGGUUAGUCCGCUGUGACCAUCGCUUGCGAUCUAUCUUCGGCCGAGACCAGAUGUUCUUCCCCCAGAUCCCGGAGAGCAUUGGUCCGCACACCAGUUCCCUUGACCCGAUCAAGCUCCCAUAUACCAUCCGUGUUGAUGAAGAAUUCCACAAAGACCCCACCCCUACCGUCUAUGAUAUCCAAGUGGCUGUUGAAGACCCUCUCCGCACUAAGAUGCUCGCCUUGACCCAGAACCCACAGUACACCGCUGGACUGCGACAGAUUUCCACCCUGGACGACCAGGUUGCGCUUAUCGUCCAGGCACUUACACACUCGCGUGCCAAGCACUCCUUUUACACCGCGCUGAGCAAAGACCCCGCCACGUUCGUCCGUCGCUGGGUCAACUCUCAACGCAGGGACCUUGAGACCAUCCUGGGCGAGGCUACGCGCGGUGGCGGCGAAGACGGCACUGGACCGGAAUUCCGUCGCGGAGGCGCGGACGGCGCGUGGGAUACGCCGGUGGCCCGCGAAGCCGUGAGAUACAUGCUCGCGAAGCCAGAGGCCAUGCUGCGGUGA